AGACAAUAGUUGUUCAUAUAUCAUGAAUAAAUACAAGUUUUUCACACUUUAUAUAAUAUUACGUGGGGGACUUUUAUUUUGAAAGUUUCUUAAAUUCCGCAACACGGAAGUACUUUUAUUUUUUUUGUGUUGCUGACAAGCUGGUGACUCCUAGUUACAGGGCGGCAGCUUCGAGCGCACAUGGCAGACUACAAAAGGGUUGUGUUUCAGCUCGCAAAGCGGUUCACAAAUAUAUUCAGAACACACUAUGCAGCCGGUCUGUAUACCUCAGUGUUGUGUGCAGCCUGUCCGAGUGGUGAGAUGCCUUUGGAUAUACGGCGUAAAAAACAACAUUAAUUUAUUGGGUUAGGCUGAAAGGCUGUAAAGUUGAGCAACCCACUGCUACUGUUCUAGAUGACUGUUGGGAAUAUACAAGUAGACAAGGCAGUGGUUUUGGUUGGACAGUUGGAAAAACUUGAUGAGAGCGGUUGGAGGUUGGCCCUUCCGUGGUGAUUAAGGUCUGUUCCUCCAUGGUUAUAGUUAGUUAGCUCGUAGAUUUAGCAAAAGCAGAGUGGGUAGCCACUUUGUCGACGUGCACAAGAGUAACUAACUAGGCACUUUUGCUAACCUUGCCUGGUGGGUUCUUCUAGAUAUAACGAACUAACGUUAACUAGCUCAAUCUAGUCAAGUAGCCAACAAAUAUUCAACACAAACUAAAAAGUUGAUUUCCUUGCUCAAGUAUGGGGAUGUGCUUACCGUGCCUUGGUGGACCUGGAAACGACUUGUCCACCACACCAGAUCGAGAGACAAGGAGACGUGAGCUGGCAGAGGCCGCUGAGAAGAGACAGAAAGAGACAACCUACAGGGGUGUCAAAAACCCCCAAGCAGUUGAGAGAAAUAAAAAGAAUAAGGAGAUGGAGAAACAAGAGAUGAGACCGUCUCCGCCUGGAGGAGAAGGAGGAGGAGGAGGGCUGAAGUGGCAGGUAGGCUAAAGAUAGACAUGGAGAGAUCCUGGAAGUCUCAAUGUAGACUGAGGUUCAGCUAACAACAUGAAGAGUGUUGGUACCAGUUGACUUAAAGGCUUUUUUUUUUUUAAAUGUCAGCCCUUCUACUAGAUUUUUUAUUUUUAAAUGCAAGGUUUUUUUUUUUUUUUUUUUUGAGGCGAUUGUGUGUCUGCAUCUCUCAACUUCGUAGGAUAGUUUGCCGGGCUUUGACGCUGGUUAAAAAAAUAAAAAAUAAAGAUUCUGUUGGCCAAUGUUGGCCGUGUGAAUCACAGGACAUGCCUCCCUUAAUGCCAAGAUAUACAAGAGAAUAUGCAAGCCAGCCAAUGGAGCUUUAGAACAGACAGGGUGGCGUAGCUAUGAAUAGAAUAUAAACACUCAGAGGAAAUAUGCUCUCACACUACAUCGAUAAACUGUACCAGGCGUCUUGCAGUGAACUCUCUCUCUUUGUGUUCUCUUUGUCCUCUCGCCUUUCUUUCUCUCAGCCAUUUCAACUUUGCCAGCUUUAACACCAUGGCGCUUACUUCUUUUGCAAUUGUUUCAGACAUUUUGAACUUUGAGGAAUAUUCUUGUGAUCUAUUUACUGUAUAGUAUAUUUUCCUUCUAAAAUUAUUUUAUGCAACAAAGUCCUUUUUACUGUUCAAAAUAGGCCUAGAUGAUUCAAAUGACAUUUUCUAUUGUAGAUCAGUGUGAAAAAAACUACGUUUCCCAUAGCUACUGAUGAACCACGUGAACGUUUUAGAGUUCCCGCACCAGCACUAUUCAGUUGACUUUUCUAUUGUAGAUCAGUGUGAAAAGAACUACGUUUCCCAUAGCUACUGAUGAAUGUUUUAGAGUUCACGCACCAGCACUAUUCAGUUGACUUCACUUUAGUGUUUGAUUUUCAUAUGUCUGUGCAAUAUAAGUUAUUUGCUACACGUUGUAUUGGUUUGUAAUGUAUGAAGAAAAUGCUAUAUUUUAAAUGAGGUAAGAAGUUUGAGUCGUGAAAGCCUGAUGAAAGUGUUUUUUAUGCAUGAAUAUUUCUUCUUUUUUCCCUCUCAUUUCAACCUGUUCAGUAAUAUUGUUGUCAUGACAAUAUUCCAGGAAUUAUUUUAUCCAAACAUACACCGGUGUCACAAUGUUCUUUCUUGGGUAUGCAGUCUGUUGUCAGGAUGGUAAUAGGACUACCGUUAUUCACCAGGUUUCAGUCCAUUUCAGUUCAGGAAGUACACUGAAAUUACAAUGAUCUGCAAUGCUUUUCAAUGAGGAACAUUUUUUUUGGAUUUACUUUCUGAAUUGAAAUAGAAUUGACCCCAACCCUGUCAUCCACUGGGGCGUACCUGUCCACGAUGAUAACUGCAGAUCUGUCAUCCACUGGGGCGUACCUGUCCACGGUGAUAACUCUGCAGAUCUGUCAUCCACUGGGGCGUACCUGUCCACGAUGAUAACUCUGCAGAUCUGUCAUCCACUGGGGCGUACCUGUCCACGAUGAUAACUCUGCAGAUCUGUCAUCCACUGGGGCGUACCUGUCCACGAUAACUCUGCAGAUCUCAGAAGGAAAUGGGAAGAGAGCCUGAACCAGCAGGUGUUAUUGUGCACUUGGAAGUAUUGCAUUUAUACCUGCCUUGCUUUUUAUACUUGAGGUUUCUUCUUCCUAUACCCACCUAGUGCUUCAAAGGCUCUUGCCACUUUGAGGUGCAUGAAGUCACGCCAAUGUCAUUUUGUUGAAAUAACGUUGUCAGAUGACUGUUGUUUUUGACCUGGGGCAAUUGUGCACCGCCUUAUGGGACUCCCGAUCACGGUCGGUUGUGAUACAGCCCAGGAUCGAACCAGGGUCUGUAGUGAUGCCUCUAGCACUGAGGUGCAGUGCCUUAGACCGCUGAGCAUAACAAUGUGUUUAUAAAUAAUGUAAAAUAAUAAACAAUUUGUCACAUACACUGGAAAGGUGCAGUUUACAGGGUCAGCCAUAGUACAGCACUCCUGGAGCAAAUUAGGGUUAUAAGUGCCUUGCGCAAGGGCACAUUAACAGAUUAUUCACCUUGUCGGCUCGGGUAUUCAAACCGUGAACCUUUCGGUUACUGGCCCAACACUAACCACUAGGCUACCUGCCACCCUUUAUGAUGGACACACAAAUCAAAUCAGAGUUAAUUGGUCACGUACACAGAUAUAUAUAUAUAAAAAAAGAUGCUUUUAUCUUGCUCCAACAGUGCAGUAAUACACAUAUAAACCAAAAAGUAAUAGAAAGAUAUUAAGAAAUAUCAGAACGAGCAAUGUCAUAGUCCGGAAUAUACAGUGUGUGUACACUACUUGUCAAAAGUUUUAGAACACCUACUCAUUCAAUGGUUUUUCUUUAUUUCUACUAUUUCUACUGGCCUCUUUCUAGAGCUCCGACUUCCCGAUUCAUCUCGAAAGCACCAUAAUAGCUCAGAAAUGAGCGAAAUGACAGGCUACUUUGACACUGACAAACUGAGAUGAAUGAAAACCACCUCUUCUUGAGUCCAUCAAUAGCCAACGCCUAGUUGUGUGGAGACUAUAGGAAAUUAUAGUCCUAAAAAUGCUUUCCAGUUUCACUGAUUCACCCAAAGAUGUGCGGCUCACUCACUGGUGAUGGCCUAUGCGCGCGUCCCCGACUGUAGACUAUGCCUUGUAUUGUACACUCCAAUAGGCUAUUUAUCCUCUGUGGCAAACGUUUAGGCGUUCUCAUGGUGUAGUAGGCUAUUCUGAAUUAUUAAAUGUAUUUCUGAACAGACAGCAGUAACUCUAUAACUUUGGCACAUUUAUUUCAAUUUCUCAUGCGUGCUUCAGCUCCUCCAGAACCCUUCGUAUGAUUCUAUAAGGGGAAUGAUGAAGUGCGACGCUGGAGAGAUGAGAGUUGCAGGCUCAUGUCUAUCAGAGCAGAGAGAGAUUUUAGAAAGGGAAUCUCAUUCUAGUUUGGUGAGAGAUACAGGGGGG